CCCACCCUCAGGCCGGCAGGGUCCUCCGGCCCUGGAGCCGACCCCGGCGCCUGGGCCCCUGUUUGCGCUGCCCGGCACACCCGGCACGCCUGCCCGAGGCGUCCUCCUCGCCCCCUCCCUUUGGAGGGCCGUCAUUGUGCCUUGCACAUUGAGGACCCUUUGGUUUUUGGCGUUAAACCAGCCACCACCUCCAUCCUGCUUUCUCCGGGUCCACUUCCCUGUAAUUCCUGAUCUGGAUGCUUCUCCGCCCGGUCUCUGCCACAGUUAGUAGCCGCGAAAAGCCCCCUCCAUGGCGGCGGACCCCUUUCCGAAGGAGCCACGCAGGGGGCCUUCCUGGUCGACUUCCUUGCCCAGAGGGGCCUGGUUUGCAUCCAGCUUUCCCGCGUGGCCCACUCUGAGACGUGGGCGGCCUUCCAUCCUCUCUCCUCAGUUUUCGCAUCAGUACAGUUGGGGCACCCAGAGCGCAGGGGGCCUGGCACAGAGGUGACGGCAGAUGGGCGGUAGCUGCUUCUCCUACCCCAUAGUUCCCUUUCUUCCGUUUAAGUUGUUUCUUUUCAAUCUGCACAAAAUCUUCCUUGUUUCUCACUUAAAAGAUCAAAAGCCCCAAAGGUUAUAGCUGUUGUCUCUGUGUUACCCUCCCCCAGAAGCUCCGGAGAGACUUCAUCUCGCAUCCUGAUGGCAGUUUGGACCCCAGGCUUCCUUCUUUGUGCCCCUCACCCUCUCCCUGGGGAGGAGCAGAGUCACAUUCCCCUUUGGGGAGCAGCCGAAGAGGCUGCAGCUCCCCACCUAUGACUUGGAGGCCUCAGGCCCACCCCAGGAGUGGGAGUACAAGGGCUCCCUGGGGAAAGCCCUUACGCCCUCAGGAAGCCAGGCCGUUGAAGGAGCUGAUGAAUGUGACGGCAAGGCUUUGCCUACCACAGCCUAUGUCAUGGGUUUGUGAUUGCUAACAAUUACUGUUGUAAAGGGAACUCCAUCCUAAUGUGUCCGCCAGGGUUCCAGAGAGAUCUGGGCAGGGCUGUGCCUGUCUGGUCUCCUCCUUUUACCUCUGGCCCAGGACACUCCUCCCUGGGAAAUGCUGCCAGCUACCAGGAAUGCUGGGGGCGUGGGGGCAGCCUGCCCAGCCUGAUACUGACUCUCUUUGCAGAUGGGGCUGGUGAGGACCUGGCACACGGUUGUGUAGUGCCUGGAGUCACCAGCACCUACAGACGGAUCCCGGACGCUGCUCAAGGGUGCCCGUCAGACUCUUGGACCAGGGGUGGAGAGCUGAGAAGUCUCGGGAGGCAGAUUCCUCUUCUCAAGCUGGCCUCCUGGGACUCAGGAGUGGAGAUGGUGGUUGGGGACAGCCCGUUGGCCCCCUCCCCAGGUCUUCCUCAGGACUCUCUGGCCCUUGAGCCCGUGGGGAGCCCGGAGCCCCUGGCUCUUGCUGCUCUCGUACCUCCUGCCCACCUGGGCCAGCUCUUAGCCAGCUGUAAGCUGGAGCAGGUGCUGGAGCGGUCCCGCCAUCUCCGGACUUCCCCUGCCAGCUUGUCACAACACCACCGCUCCCCAAAGCCACCAGGCAAGCCUGGGUGUGAAAUGCUCCUUUUUGGAGCAGGGGAACAGCAGGCCACUGAGGCAGAAGCUGGCCUAGGGGCAGGCCUGGAGGAAGCAGAGGUGGUGGGGGGCUCAGGGCCUGGAGCCUGGGCCUGCCUUCCAGGACAGGGUCUUCACUACCUGGAACACCUGUGCCAGGUGCUGGAGCAGAUGGCCAGGCUCCAGCAGCUCCACUUGCAGCUGCAGACCCAGAGGCCCCUUGGGGAUCCAGAAGAGGAGGAAUGGCCGGUCCUGACCUCGUCAGUGCCACCCUCUCGUGCCCCAGGCAAUGAUGCCAGCGGGCCAUGGGAGCUGCUCAGCCAGACAGAGGAUACAGGGGCAAAAACAGCUUCACCCUCUAAGGUAGGAGUGCCCAGCGUCAACCCUCCCAGGCUGUCAGAGGCCCCAGCAGAGCCAGCUCACUCCUUUUCAUCCUCACAGGGACACAAGCGGGAUCUCUCCCACUGGAACAAGGUCAAGGUCCUGCUCAACCGGAUCCACCGGAGGAGCCCUCGACACCCUGAGCCCCCUGCCUCUCCUGCUCGCCCUGCCCCCAGGACUGAGUCGAGACACCUCCCUGCAAGGCCUUCUUGCCACCCGCUCCGGAAGACCUUUAUGCCAUCAUUAGUUGUUAAGAAGCAGCGAGCAAAAAACCUGUCUGCCUGCUGAGACCUCCUGGCGCAGGGACGUGACCCUGGGUGGAGGGGUGUGCAGUGAAGUCUUGCCCUUUGCCCUCUCGCUGCUUCUGGGCACUGGCAGGAAAAGCUGCCGACGCUCGCCCUUUUCUCUGAGGCAAGGGCUGAGUCUCUCCUUUGAGCAGCUUGGCAGAGGAGCCUGGUCCCCUGAGAGGCCCCAAGGUGCUGCAGCUCCUCAGCUCCUCCCUGGUUGUCAGAAAUCCCUGGGCUUAGACAAUAUGGACCAACUUACUUAUCAGGCGUCCAUGGAGUGUGUUUGGCGUGGUGAUCUGUCAGGGUCCAGCGUGUUGCAGAUGUGUAUUUAUGCAAAAUGAUAUAUAUCUCUCUGUGAGACUGUCAGUGUUGUGAACUGGCUGGAUCUGUCUCUCCUGAAUCAUGCACUCAAAGGAUUGGUCUUCUGGGUGAGGUAACUGCAGAAGGAUGAAACUGACCUUUGUUCCUCAGUGGGCAGUUACUGAUCUGGAGUCCUGCUUUCCCCCUCAUAGCUGCAUGGGCAGCCCCAGGACAGAGAAGGGCACUAUCUUGGCUGCUUUUGCAUGGACUCUGCCCACGGAGCAAGAGCUCCUGAAGACUGCACUAAGAAUGGAAGGGUCAGGGACAACAUGGGAAAGAGCAGAGUAGCCUUCAAGGUUUGUUCUCAGCUGCUUGGCUCCACACUAGCCUUUACACAUUGGAGCUGAAACCAGAGGUCCAUACUAGCUUUUGGACCUUGACCAAAUCCCUUGACUUUUCUGAGCCGUAGCUUCCCACUUAAUCUCCCAAAUGGUAUAAUGGUGCCUGCCCCACCUGCCUCACAGGCUUAUGAAGAUAAAAUGAGAUUAAAUGUCA